AUCAUACAUAUUUUUAUCUUAAUCUUAUCCUAUUGAGAUAUAAUUUCCAAACUAAAAUCGAGUUUUAUCUUACAUAGUUCUACAUUAUUUACCCCACAGAUAGAAUCCUAAUCCAGGAACGCAUGCAUAAAUCAUGCACAAAUUAGUAAUAUCAUUUUAAUUAAUCUUCUUCCUGAAAUAACAAAAUCUCGAAUAUAUAUCACAAUGAUACAAAAGGAUAACGAUUCAGAUAAGAUAAGAUCCUGAUAAAUCCACAAUUAACAAAACCAAUCCUAUCGAGAGCAUAAUUACAAUCUGCUUUCAGAUUUCUUUCCCCUAUAAAUACCAAGCGGAUCAUCGCCUAUUAUCAUCAGCACUUUCAAUCGUUUGCGUUUUUUAUUGGAUUGUUUUUAGUUUCUGUUUGCUUUAGAGAGAUAAAGUAGAGACGAUGGAGCUCGACUUGACACCAAAGUUGGCGAAGAAGAUCUACGGCGGAGAUGGCGGCGCGUACUACGCCUGGAGCCCCGACGAGCUGUCGAUGCUCCGUGAAGGCAACAUCGGCGCUGCUAAGCUCGCCCUUGAGAAGAACGGCUUUGCUCCCCCUCGAUACUCCGAUUCUGCUAAGGUUGCUUAUGUUCUUCAAGGCAGCGGGAUGGCCGGAAUUAUCCUCCCUGAAAAGGAAGAAAAAGUUCUCCCCAUCAAAAAGGGAGACGCCAUAGCCCUCCCAUUCGGUGUGGUCACCUGGUACCUCAACAAUUCCGACCCAGAACUCGUCAUCCUCUUCCUCGGAGACACCUCCAAGGCCCAUAACCGCGGCUCCUUCACCGACUUCUUCCUCACCGGCCCCAAAGGCCUCUUCACAGGCUUCUCAACCGAAUUCGUCAGCCGGGCCUGGGAUGUCGACGAGCCCACUGCCAAAGCCCUCGUCUCCAGCCAACCGGGCCACGGCAUCGUAAAGCUCAGCCCGAAUUCCAAAUUCCCCGAGCCCAAGAAGGAUCACUACAAAGGCAUGGCCCUUAACUGCGAGGAGGCUCCUCUCGAUGUCGACAUCAAGGGUGGGGGCAAGGUGGUGGUGUUGAACACCAAGAAUUUGCCGCUGGUUGGGGAAGUCGGGCUUGGGGCAGACCUCGUUAGGUUGAAUGGUAGGGCCAUGUGCUCUCCGGGCUUCUCGUGUGACUCGGCUCUUCAGGUGACUUACAUUGUGAGGGGGAGUGGACGGGUACAGGUUGUGGGCGUGGACGGUAAGCGGGUACUUGAGACGACUAUCAAGGCUGGGAAUCUGUUUAUUGUGCCGAGGUUCUUUGUGGUCUCCAAGAUUGCGGAUCCCGAUGGCAUGGACUGGUUCUCCAUCAUCACCACUCCCGAGUGAGUUUACUAAUUUUUUAUUUAUUUAUUUUU